CCAUCAAGCACAAGUUUGGCCACGUCAUCUUGGCGAGCGAAGACAAGCUUGUUUACGCGAAUGAGCGCAACACGCCACCACUCGCGAGGGACGUCGCUGCGGCUGCGAUUCGUCAGACUGGCGCUCGCAUUGAUGCUCGUUGCAGCUGCGUCUGCCGUCUGCUGCAGUGCUGCUUGGACGGGAGGGACAGGAGGGACAGGAGGGACAGGAGCAGGACUGGGAAAGCGCGGCGCCACUGCUGAACGGGCGUCCUUUGGGCAGAUUGGCUCGUCCUUCUCGUCAGCCUCGUCGUCCCAGUCAGAGUCCAAGCCACACAAGAAGCCGACAAUCAUGCUCAUUCCACAGCCGGAGCGCCAAGCACAGCCGGCGAAUCGACCAGGCGCGUCAUCAUCUCACUCGUCAGGAGCGCCGAACGCGCCAAUCGAGACCACCGAUGCCGCCGGGAAGCCGCCCGUGUCGCGCAUGACAGACAGCUGGCCAUUCUCGUCGUCGUCGUCGUCGUCGUCGUCGCCUACAACGAACGAUGCCCUGGAUACGGAGGCGUCCGUGUCGGACAGCGACAUGGAUGACCUCCACGAUGAUGAUGAUGAUGACGAUGACAACGAUCGAUACCACGUGCCCUGGAGCAGUCUGCGAGGCCCUGAUGGAGUGCUGUCAUUGCAUCCAAGCAAUUCAGAGCCAGGAAGCGAGGGCGGCGUGCCAGACUCGCAUCAUGUCGUGUUUGGAUCGGAAACUGCUCCACCACCACCGCUCUUUGUGCGCACGAUGGACGGCUCGCUCCACGGGGUUGAUGCUGCCACGGGUCGCACGCUUUGGUCGCACUUGUCUGGACCAGUGUUGCAGGUCUAUUCUGCUCGCAUGAAUACGACAAGUGUUGACAUUGCGUCUCCUUCACCCAAGACAGAGAGCAAACCAUCGACCGUUCACCUCCAUGAGGACUCUCCAGACUUUGAGCGAGUGCACCUUCAGCCGCCAGUAAUAUCAGCGCAGCAAGCCAUGGCAUUUAUUCCCGAGCUUGUUCACGGACACCUGUACAUGUUUAGUUCCGACGGCUUGAAACAGCUUCCCUUGAGCAUCCCACAGCUAGUAGCUACAUCGCCACGCACUCAAGGGAAUUUGCUAUAUCUCGGAGGGCAGACCUGUGAUGUGCUCACACUUGAUCCGUUAACGGGUCAAAUUCUUCGCUCUUUCUCCACGUCCGGGUCGUCCGAAGACACGGUUGUCAAGUUGGCUGCUUCGUCCUCCCCCGACUCUGUCUUGGUUGCGAGAACCAUCUAUGUUUUGCGAGUCAUUGACACGUUUUCGUCCAUGGAAAUUUGGAAUGUGACGCUUUCGCAAUUGUCCGUGGUCGGCGUUCAUGGCCCAGCCUUUGCACCCGCCAAUGACCGAUUCUUUACGUCGACAGACGAUCUGGUUCUCACCCUCGGCAAUCUCUUUGCUGGAACUGCGACCUGGAGCAAGACUUUUUCAUCCCCAGUGCUGAACGUUCUUGGAUCAAAUGGACUUGGCGAGGCCGUUCCUUUGCCGCUUGUGAGGAUUGUGGAAGAUGCGACUCAAGGGGAUACGUUUGAGCCGUCCAAGUCGUACUCUCCCCCUCAGGCUGCAGAGAAUCACAUUUUAAAGCACGUCGUGCUUGUUGGCAAAACUGGCAAUACUGAUGGAUACUUGUUUGCAAAAGAGUUGCUCACGUUACCCAAGCGUCUUGUCAUCCAGCGACUACUGGCGUUGUCGCAUUUGACGCAUCCCGACUCGUACGCGCAGCUCCAAUCGCGUUACCCUCUGUUAGCGGCCGUGGCUUCGGCGUCGUCUGCCGCUUCCGGGGGCGGCCACCAACAUGCGAGCAACCUUGACACAUCGGUCGCACUUCACAACCCUGCAUCGACCGACGCUGCUUGCUCAAUCAACUCGCCGUUCUUUCCAGAUUGCGUUGUCGGUCUUCACAACAUUCCGCCGCUGGCCGUUCGUGACAUUAUUUCGCGAACGGGAAAGCACUCCUUCCCUUUGUCGACCUACGUCGAUCCGCGUGGCCGGCUCGCGAAAUCUUCCGCACAAGAUGUAUUGAAGGCCUUGACCGAUGCAAGAGAGGCCAUGACUGGCAUUUCUACGCUUUCGCCCGCGACGCUGAUUGGCAGCGUCAUUGGUGGCGUGCUGAUUCUGCUCUUGUCGUUGAUUUUGAUCUUGUUGGUGGUCAUUUUGCAGCGCAUGAACCAGGACGACCGCAAGAUUCUUCUGUCGCUGCUGCAACGUCUGCUCCGUCUGGAUGGGGCCACACAGCAGGCCAGUCACGACUCUCGGGCGCCAGGUUCGGCCAAGAAGAAGAAGAAGAAGGUCAAAUUCAAUGCAGGACCCUCCGCACCAAACUUGUCGGAGGACCAGCCGUCCCAUGCCGUUACCGAUGGCGAGGGCGAUGACGUCGAUGACGAGCCAGCGGAGCACGACACCCCGCAGUCGGACGGCGCAAUCACUGGCCAAUCUGGUCUGCUUCCAGCUGGUCAUUUUGGUCCAGCCUCGUUGACUGCUGCCGCUGCUACUGCUGCUGCUGCUGCUGCUGCUGCUGCUGCUGCUGCUGCUGCUGCUGCCAUCCCUGGACAAGAGGUGGUGGGCAAGCUGCGCAUUCAUACUGAAAGCGUGCUGGGCGCCGGCAGCCAAGGCACGUACGUCUACCGCGGCUCGUUUGACGAGCGACAGGUGGCUGUGAAGCGCAUCUUGAAAGAGUGCGUCGCAUUGGCCGACAACGAAAUCCGAGGCCUGCUGGAAAUUGGAUUUCACCCCAACGUCAUUCACUACUACUGCAAGGAGCAGGACGAGCGAUUCGUGUACCUGGCACUCGAGCUCUGCAAUUACUCGCUGGUCCAGUUGGUGGACGAGGCUCCCGUAAACCUGACUCCAUCGGAUCGUGUUCGCAUGUCGAUUGAAAUUCUGGCCGGUUUGCGGCAUUUGCACCAUCUUGGCAUUGUCCAUCGCGACCUCAAGCCGCACAAUGUCCUCGUGACUGUCACUGAAGACCCCAGCCAUCAUCCGCACGUAUCUGUCAAGCUGUCUGAUUUUGGAUUGAGCAAGAAAUUGCCUCCGGGCCGGAAUUCGUUCUACUCUGCCAAACCCACAGGCACGCUGGGCUGGAUGGCGCCCGAGUUGCUUUUGGCGAUGGAGCCUGCCGGGCGAUCGCCCAACCCGCUCUCAGAGGGGUCGAGUACGUCUUCUUCGCCGUCCAGCAGCUCGCUGCAACAGAAUAGCAGUCUUCCGAGAAGCACACCAACCGUGGCGGAUGAGGGUGUCAGUUCACACUCUGGCUCCGCAGUUGCUGCUCCGGGGUUGGCCACGCCAUCAGAGGGCUCGUGGCAUCGCGUCCCUGGUGCUGCCGCUGCUGCCACCACCACCACCACCACCACCACCUUUACUUUGCCUGCCGUUUCUCGCACAAAAGCGGUGGACAUAUUUUCGGCAGGUUGCACCGCCUUUUACUUGCUCACCAAUGGAAAGCACCCGUACGGUGAACCAUUUGAGCGCGACAGUAACAUUUGUCGCAACCACCGGAGCCUGCUCACCUUGGCCUCGCUUAGUGGGAGUCACGAGGCGCUGCACUUUGUCGAGCAAAUGACCCAGUUCUCUCCAACGGCCCGCCCGACUGCUGACGAGCUGCUUGCCCACCCAUUCGUUUGGUCGGGGGCAAAGAGGCUCUUCUUCUUGCAAGAUGUGAGCGAUCGCAUUGAGACGAACGGCGACGAGCUGGGAGCCCUGCUGGAAGCGAGUGCAGCGAGCGCGAUCGGAUCGGACUGGCGAGCCCCGAUGCACCCCGAGUUGGUUGCGCAGCUCACCAGCUUCCGCAAGUACAAUUACGCCUCCGUCAAGGACUUGCUGCGUGCCAUCCGGAACAAGACACGCCAUCGUCAGGAAUUGACGCCGAAUGUUCUGCGGAUGGUCGGCGAAACGGACGCAGCCAACAUGGAAUACUUUGGCGCGCGCUUUCCACCGUUGCUCAUGCACGCAUACCAUGUGGUCGUCACGUCGAAAUGCGCCACCGAGACGCUGUUUCUGGACAAGUACCUGACCUUCCGGCCCUUCUCUCACGGCAACUGAACGCUGAAAAGCGAGUUUGCCUUGGUCAGGCUUUUCGUUUCUCCAGCUCUUUGCUUCCGCCCGUCUUCUUCCAAUGCAAUAUUUCCUUUAUCUCCACAAAACAGCAUGUCUUACAUUUUAUCAAUACAGAAUUACCGCCA